CAUCCAUCGAGAUAUCCCCUCCUGCACUCCGUAAUCGCCAUAUCUGAUAUUGGACUGUGAUAACACUGCCCCAUGGCCUCAACCGAUGCCCCCGGGGAGACCCCUUGGGAUCCUGAGACCAGCAAGAAAUUUGAAAGCAAACGACCAGGGGAGUACUUUGACCCGUGCCAAGAGGCUGCGUCAAGGAGUUUGAGAUGUCUACAUCGAAAUGGUGGUGAUAGAGAGUUGUGCACCGACUACUUCCAAGCAUAUAGGGACUGCAAACAGCAGUGGGUCACGGCACGGAGGGAAGCGAAAAGGAAGGAGGGGAAAUCAUGGUUCUCGUGAGCGGUAGCCUUGUUUCUGGGUGUUGUCAGACUUGUAUAAUAUGUCUGUGGUUGUACGAUAGCUAGAAGAAGUGUCAGAGGUUGUUACGGAUGCUCACCACUUCAUCCCGACCUAGCCUUUACUAAUAGAGGUCAUUCCAUCUUCCAAAGGAC